AUUUAUUACAGAGUAAUAUGUGAUGUUUUUUAAUUACCGAAGACUGCUUUCUUUAUUCCAUGCCCCCAUGAAUGUUCGAAAAUUCGACCGAGUCGGGAGCUUUAGUUAAGACACUUGAAUGCAGCAUGCGUCAUAUGGUGAAAAGGGACUGCUGAAUUUUCCCCACAACUCAGGAGCGAGCUCCCUUGAAAAUGUUAACCGUAUAGGUAGAUUUAGAAGAAAAAUUAGAGAAAAUUAGAGAAACUUUGAGAAUUUUGCCAGUGAGUGAAGCAGCAGCAGCAGCAGAGAGUAAGACCCUGAACGUAACAUCUGUCAUCCAGGAUCGCAGAUAUCCAGGCUGCUCCGUGACAAGACACCGUUUCAUUACACAAUUUUAUGGAGGCUUUUUUGAACUGCAAACCAGAGGACUUGGAGGAUUACUACGGGAUUUUAGGAUGUGAUGAAUUGUCGUCGACUGAACAGAUUCUCAAUGAAUACAAGAUCAGAGCCUUGGCAUGUCACCCAGACAAACACAGAGACAAUCCAAGGGCAGUGGAAGAUUUCCAAAAGCUACAGGAAGCCAAAGAGGUUUUAUGCAAUGAAACCAAAAGAAAAAACUAUGACCUCUGGAGAAGAAGUGGAGUCACUAUUCCAUAUCAUGAAUGGCAAGCCUUGAACGACUCUGUGAAAACUUCGAUGCACUGGGCAGUGAGGAAUAAGAAGGAACCAAUGCUGGAGGCUUCAAAAGCAGAAAUCCCCGUCACUUCCCAAACAGAGGAGCUUCAUUCUGAGCAAGAAGCUCAGAUGAUCCCUUCGUAUGAGGCCAUGCCAUCUGCAAGUGAUUACUGCCAUCGUCGUUUCCGUUGGGCCGCUGACUCCCCAUCAAGUCUUCUGCAGAAGUUUAGGAAUUAUGAAAUAUAAAUAUGUCAACAAUUGGAGUUUGUUUAAAUGCCUGUGUUCUGUGUCUUCUUCUCCUCCUCCAGUCGGGACCCUGUUAAUUGUUGUGUACAUUUUUGUGAAUAUGGUCUGCUACAAACUUGUGAGAAAAAAACUGAAUGUGUGAGUCCUAAAUGUGUCGGGUGUAAGUGUCAAAUAUUUUGUCAAAAAAAAAUUGGCAUAUGAGAUUAUGUGAAUAAUUGAUUUUGUUGUUAGUUCACUAUAAAAGAGAUAUGAUCAUGGAUUAUAGUGGAGAAAUGCUGUAAUGUGUAUUUCUGUGUUGCUGUCAUAAUGUUAAACAUAAAGCUGAAGCAUAUCGUACAAUAUUUUGUACGUGUAUUAUUGAAUGUCUUCAAGGUGAUUUUAUUUUUUAUUUUUUUAGAAAUAAUUAAAAGAAAACUCAAGCCAAAACUGUUCUUAGAUGUACUCAGGAUGAUUUUAUGCACCAUAUGUUACUCAGUCUCUUAUCUUUAGCCGAGCAUAUUGUCAAAUAUUAAUUAUAAGAUAAGGAAUAAAUGAGAAAAGAUACGGACUGGAUCCAAAGGUGUAAUCAACAAUGAGGGCAAAUGCAAAAACAUAUGUAAAUCCAAGAUAAAUUGAUUAAAAAAGUAAAUUGGUUCUGGAUAUUGAUCAAGGACAACUGAUACGUUUCUCAUGGAACCUAGCUUAUCUACAAUUAAAGGUCAAAAUAACUUCAGCUCAGC